GUGAAGUGUCAGAGCUGACAGGCCCCGUUCACUGUGCAGACACAUGUUGUUGAGAUCAGAGAUCAGACUUCAGUUUCACUUCUCACACACUGAAACUCAGACAGUCGUUCGUCACUGAGAGGUGAAAUGGCGCAGAAAGGAGUUCAGCUGGAGCGGGAAUCCCUCUCUUGUUCCAUCUGUCUGGAUCUACUGAAGGAUCCGGUGGCUAUUUCCUGUGGACACAGCUACUGUAUGAGCUGUAUUAAAACCCACUGGGACAAAGAGGAUGAGAAGAGGAUCUACAGCUGCCCUCAGUGUAGACAGACCUUCACACUGAGGCCUGUCCUGGGGAAAAACACCAUGUUGGCUGAUUUAGUGGAGCAGUUGAAGAAGACUGGACUCCAAGCUGCUCCUGCUGAUCACUGCUACGCUGGAGCUGAAGAUGUGGCCUGUGAUUUCUGCACUGGGAGAAAACUGAAAGCCGUCAAGUCCUGUUUGGUUUGUUUGGUCUCUUAUUGUGAGAAACACCUCCAGCCUCAUUAUGAUGUUCCUCCGUUAAAGAAGCACAAGCUGGUGGACCCAACCAACAAGCUCCAGGAGAACAUCUGCUCUCGUCACGAUGAGGUGAUGAAGAUGUUCUGCCGCACUGAUCAGCAGUGUAUCUGUUAUCUCUGCUCUGUGGAUGAACAUAAAGGCCACGACACAGUCUCAGCUGCAGCAGAAAUCACCGAGAGGCAGAGAGAGCUCGAGUUGAGUCGACAACAAAUCCAGCAGAGAGUCCAGGACAGAGAGGAAGAUGUGAAGCUGCUUCAACAGGAGCUGGAGGCUGUCAAUGGCUCUGCUGACAAAGCAGUGGAGGACAGUGAGAAGAUCUUCACUGAGCUGAUCCGUCUGGUGGAGAAAAGAAGCUCCGACGUGAAGCAGCAGAUCAGAUCCCAGCAGGAAACUGAAGUGAGUCGAGUUAAAGAUCUUCAGGAGAAGCUGGAGCAGGAGAUCACUGAGCUGAAGAGGAAAGACGCUGAACUGAAGCAGCUCUCACACACAGAGGAUCACAACCAGUUUCUACACAACUACCCCUCACUGUCACCACUCAGUCCGUCUACACACUCAUCCAGCAUCGACAUCCGUCCUCUCAGGUACUUUGAGGCUGUGACAGCAGCUGUGUCAGAGGUCAGAGGUCGACUACAGGACGUCCUGACCGAGUCAGAGACAAACAUCUCACUGACAGUGACUCAAGUGGAUGUUUUACUGUCACAACCAGAGCCCAAGACCAGAGAGGAAUUCUUAACAUAUUCACAGGAAAUCACACUGGAUCCAAACACUGCAAUGACACGUCUGUUAUUAUCUGAGGGAAACAGAAAAGUAACAUUUAUGAAAGAAGAACAGUUUUAUUCUAGUCACCCAGACAGAUUCACUAAUUAUUUUCAGGUCCUGAGUAGAGAGAGUCUGACUGGACGUUGUUACUGGGAGGUGGAGUGGAGAGAAGGAGUUAAUGUAGCAGUCGCAUACAAGAAUAUCAUCAGAGCAGGGAUCUCACAGGAAUGUGCAUUUGGAUUCAAUGACAAAUCUUGGAGGUUAGAAUGUUGUGAAAACAGUUAUAACUUUUAUUACAACAGUAUCGACACUCCAGUCUCAGGUCCGGUGUCCUCCAGAGUCGGAGUGUACCUGGAUCACAGUGCAGGUGUUCUGUCCUUCUACAGCGUCUCUGACACCAUGACUCUCCUCCACAGAGUCCAGACCACAUUCACUCAGCCGCUCUUUGCUGGAGUUUAUCUUUAUAAUGUAGGAUUCACAGCUGAGUUCUGUAAACUCAAAUAGACUUGAGUCAUUUAAAGAGCAGUGAGUUAAACUCUGCGUUUCAACCUUAUAACUUCUUUUCCCUCCAUGUUUGUUCCUCAUCGUUGUUGUUGUUGUUGUUGUUGUGACAUUUGUUGCUCUGCACAGAGAUCAGCUGUCAAUCAAACACUGGGCGGUGCUUUGACGUCUCCUCAUUCGUUGUUCUGUCGAUGUUUGAGUUCGUCGAGUCGGAGCUGGAGCCGUGGACGAUCUCAAUGCUCAUGUUGAUGUUCGUUCACCUGACUUUUCUCCAAUUGAGAAUAUAAACGUGCCUGUGCUCUAAACGUUUAAUGGGACUUUUUUCUGAAUAGUCAUCAUACUGAUCAUUAACAGAUUGAAUACAUUUGAUGCUCUGAUGAAGAAUGAAAAGGUCCAGUGUGAUUUCGGUUUCAGAGCUUUUUUCCCCUCUGGAAACAGCUUCCUGCUGCUGUUAUUAAAUCAAACUUUGUAAUGUGAAAAUUCUACUGUCACUCAACGUGGUUUAUUUCUUCACUUUCCCUCACACAAGCAGUUUAAUGAACAAAAACCAAUCAACCUUCACCAUGUUGGUGGCAGAGCAGGAAACAGCCACACAAGUCAUUUGGAUCAGUUGUGUUGGUGUUUUACUACACAAAUGUUCUGUUGUGUCAUUUAGCUGUGAUGACUUGUUGGACAUAAUAGCAAUGUACCACACACACAAUAUGUUUUCCUGUGUAUGAUAUCAAAACAACAACAGCAGCUUGAUUGUCUGAUAAAAUGUUUAUAAAACGACCAACGUUGACUUGAUGUUGAAAUUAUUCUUCACCUUGGAAACAUUGCUUGUCAAACAAAUCUCACCACCAGGUCCAAUCUGUUGCUAUACUGUCUCAACACCAAUGAGAUUUCCUUAAUAAUCAAUAUGGGUUUUUUUAUAUUUAAUGACCUCUGACACGGAGGUUAUGUUUUCACACGUAUCCCUUUGUUCCUUUGUUGGUCAGAUUAAUUACUACUAAUCAGAUUUUCAUGAAACCUGGUGGAAAGAUGGGACAUGGGCCAAAAAAAUGAUCUCUUACAGUUUGGUAUUGAUCUGAUCAAUGACACUUAAAAAUAAAAUCAUGUUCUUAAAUAUUGUGAGACGAUUUUACCACAUUUUCACUGAUUUCCCUGGAAAUGAUUCACGGGUCUUGAUGAGUAAAUCAGGUAUAUUUCAGGGACUGAUGAGUAUGAGUGUGUACAAUGUGAUGUGGAUCCAGAUCAAGAUGUAACUGUGCUUCACGUGAGGACUGUUGGGCCUCGGCUGAGGUUCGCUCUCUCCUGAGUUAUAUUCCAGCUCUUUGAACACUGUUCUGUUUGACCUUGUGUUGCUGACGCUCAGGUUGAACACAGAUUUCAUCCUGUACUGUUUCCAUGUUGAGUGCAAGAGUGUGAUCUACUGUAAGAUGACAAGUUUGGAAGAAAUUGAUAAAUCAUAUUAUCAAUAAAGGCUUUUCUUUUAAAGAAUGAAA